GCCCUGGGAGAGCCCUACACCGGCUCCGGCGCGGUGCGGCUGCGCACGUGUUGAAGCUGGCACGACUACCCCGGCUGCAGAGUCCUGGGAAUGGAAACCGAGAUGGAGGCACAGAGCGCCGGGGCCGAGGACGGCUUCACCCAGGUCACCCGUAAGGGUGCCCGGCGGGCGAAGAAACGGCAGGCUGAGCAGCUGUCCGCAGCGGGGGAGGGCGUGGACGCAGGCCGAAUGGACACCGAGGAGGCCCGGCCGACCAAGAGGCCCUUCUACCCGCCCCUCUCCGGGGACGGGCUUUUGAGUGGGAAAGAAGAAACAAGAAAAAUUUCCGUCCCAGCUAACAGAUACACACCGUUAAAAGAAAACUGGAUGAAGAUAUUUACCCCUAUUGUAGAACAUUUGGGACUUCAGAUACGCUUUAACUUGAAAUCAAGGAAUGUCGAAAUCAGGACUUGUAAAGAAACCAAGGAUGUUAGUGCUCUGACAAAAGCAGCCGAUUUUGUGAAAGCCUUUAUCCUCGGGUUUCAGGUGGAGGAUGCCCUUGCCCUGAUCAGGCUGGAUGAUCUAUUCCUAGAGUCUUUUGAAAUUACAGAUGUGAAGCCUCUAAAGGGAGAUCACUUGUCCAGAGCAAUAGGAAGAAUUGCUGGCAAAGGAGGAAAGACCAAAUUCACCAUAGAGAACGUGACUCGGACGCGGAUAGUUUUGGCUGAUGUGAAAGUUCACAUCCUUGGCUCUUUCCAAAACAUCAAGAUGGCAAGAACUGCCAUUUGCAACCUCAUCCUAGGAAAUCCUCCAUCAAAGGUUUAUGGCAAUAUUCGAGCUGUGGCUAGCAGAUCAGCGGAUCGGUUCUGAUUUCAAACAAGAGACUUUAUCUUGUCUUUGAACUCUAACUCUAGGGGAAAAAACCCUUAUACUCUACAAGUGGUCAAAAGAAACUCUGAAGAAUUUUCAGUCACUUUAUGCUUUGGUCCCUUCUUCCAUUCUCAGCCAGACACAUAAACAAAGGAAAGGUUUAAUAUUGUUCACGCAAAACAGCUUCUAGGGUAAUUUAAAUAUAAAAACUUAGUACUGUUAUUAUACCUA